AUGUAAUCCCCUUCCUUGUAAAAAUAAUCAGAAAGCUCAUAAAAAAGUGAUUAAUACAUACAAGGUUGGCUUCCAAUUAAGACUGAGGUUGAAUAAUCGAUAAUCACAUAUUUAGAUUCUCUUGGAAUUAAUCAACUAAUUGUUGUUGAUAAAUUUUAGAAUCAAUAACGAAAUUCAUUGCUGUCAAUAGAAAAUAUAGGAACUCCUCAAUCAUAAAAGAUUCUAUCUCUCAAUCUUGAUUCUGAACUUUGUUAGAGAAGAAGCUUCAGAUUAUCUUCAGAUUAGAUUUGA